AAAAUAUUUUUCAUCGAGCAACUCUACGGCUGGCGAGGCAUGGAUACGGGAUAUUACGGCUCAGAAAGCUCAGACGAACUGUCGAAUGCCGAAUUAUCUGAGCCCGAAGUGCAGGAACAGGAAGAGGAGGCACCAACAGAGCCGGAAAAGGUUACCUGA